UAUUUAAGUAAGGUCUACUAUAAAGAUAAGACGAUGAUGGAAUUAAAAAUAAAGAUAAUAAACCAAUCAAGAAAAUAGCACAUUCAAUCAAUUUUUUAGAGCAUAAAAAAAACGAUUACAUAUUUUAAAAAUGCAUCAUUUUCAUGUAGAUAUAUACUGUACUGGUAUAUAUAGUGUAUAAAAUGAUUGAUACAACUUGGAAUCUUUUUUUUUUUUUAAUUCCAGUCAAUGACUUUAAGUCAAAAUUAGGUAGUUUCAGCUACUAAGAAUAGAUUAGAUUUCACUCAAAGCAUAUUCUCUCUUUUAAAACCUGUAUGUAUACAAUUGUAUCUAUGUAUUCACCUGUAUUGUGUACUGGUCCCAGAUAUAUUAAUAUUACAUGAAAUUAAGAUUUCUAAAUUGCCAACACUGAAUUACAGAGACAACAAGUAACAAAAAAGAGGGGGAGGGUACUUCAAGAAAAUAAUUAUUAGAGUUUUUGAGAUAAAUACUAGGGUUUUCUUAGAAAUGCCAGAGUCCAAAAGAGUGACGGUGAGUGUGGUAAAGCUCACAAGAAAUACUUGCUGGAUGUUUUGUACAUGGUGCCCAAAUCCACAGCAAUCAUCUCCAGGAAUCACAUCUUGAAUAAAGGUUAGGAACAGGUCAAUGAGUUUCCAACCUUUAGGUAAACUGAAUCAGUAUCUUCUCCAAAACUGAGGGCACACUGUUCUAAUAAAAACUGUAAUAGUCUGCAGUAGAAGAAGCUGGACUAAACUUUCUUAACUGUUUUAGCUGGAAUAAACUUUUUUAACUAUACUUUUAUAUGCUCAGUAUAAAAGGCAUGAACACAGUAUAUACCUCAAAUGCAGAACUGUAAUUUAAUUUUGCAUUUUUAAUGAGACAAGACACCCUACAGACCAAAACUGUAAUCUGCAUGUACUACUUCUAUUGACAUAACUGAAUUUCAAAUAUUUACAGAAUAAAUAACUUCAGAUUUUUAAUGGAUGAGCCAUCUAGUCCUGAGUAUGGCAUCAGCAGAUAGCUAUUAUACACUGUUUUACUCAUUUGCUUCAUGACUUAGUGGAAGUCAGAAGAAUCCCAUUAUGGAUAAUUACAUGAUAAUAAAACCUAUGAGGAAAUUUCUUUCCAGACCUCAAUUCCAUAAUGGUUGGCUUUUGUUUUGAAAUGUGAAACAUCCUUUAUAAAUAUUUUAUCCUAAUAACAACUAUCAGUAAAUGACAGAAAUCUUUAUUGCCUAUGCACAUAAUUAUUAUCCAUAGAUACCACAGAUAUCCAUACUGUUCCCUAAUCCUAGACAGAUACUUCCUGAUAAGCCUCCCUAUAGCACUAAUCUCAUAUUCCUCUAUCCAACUAGUCUCCAGUGCAUGUCAUAGCAACCCAUUGCCUGUGAGACAUUUUGAUGUUGCUUACAGCUACAGGAAAUGAAAAGUGAGACUGACGGAGGGAGAAAACAUGGUAUAAAACACCUUGUGUCUUAGGUAUUCUUACUCAUAAGACAGUAAAGAUUUGGAAAUUACCACUAUGUUUAACCAUGUCCAUAACAUUCUUUGCACUAAUCUAUCCCAGUUUUCAAAUUCUUCCUUCCAUAUGCCUAAAGAUAUGUCUUUUCUGCCUAAGAAAGGUUUUCUGUGAUGUUUUGACAGGUUCCAAAUGGUACCUGAACUUGGUACUCACAUGACCGUAAAACAGAGAAGAUUGUGAAUAGCAACAUCAUAGGAUUUUCAUAAUGAGCAGCAGAAGAGGGGUGUUGUGCAGAGCAGCGACCCGCAGGCGCCUGCACCAGGAGCCAGCAUCCUGUCCGCAACGCUCCUCGCCCGCUCCAGCAGGACAGGCUGCCAGCCGCAUGAUUUAACUGCGUGCAGAACUGAUCCUGAAACUGCAAAGACUGAGAAUCCUGUACGACUUACAUUUUCCCAAACACAGGCACUGGUGUUGCCUCACGCAACUUGAUGUGGGAGGAAGAAGGGGAGCUGGGGAUGAAGGACUGAAGUUGAAGCUGGGAAGAAAAGGGGUAGAGAGAAAUUUAGUGCAUAAAAGAAAUGAUUGAGUCAGUCAAAUUAAGAAGACAGUGCAUGCUGGAUUUCUUCUCACAUUAUGAACAUCUUUGUGAACUUCAAGGCUCUCUCCCUCUGAAAGCUGUGAAGGCUAACGUGACUCGUGAUGCUAUUGAUCUCAUUGUGGAUCACAUCAAAGCUACUGAUUGGGCACCACUUCUGGAUGCUCUCAGGCGUAAUAAGACUUUGGCUUCUAUUAAAAUAAGAAGUUUACAUCAACAUGGUCUUGAAGAAUCAGGUGUUGAAAGAUACAAAACUUACUUUAGAAGGAGAAUUCCAGCAACUCUGCCAAAAGACUUGACUGGCCAACUAUGCAAAGCUGUGAAAGGCUGUCUCAGUAUAUCAGAUGUACUAAAACAUUUAGAACUGCAGGGUUUGCUUCUGAGGGAAAGAGACCUGGCACUUUUAACAAAGGGCUUGGCCACAGCUUCAUCUCUGGAAAAUGUCUCUUUAGCCCACUGUCCAAUUGGAGAUGGAGGGUUGGAAACAAUCUGUCAGAGUAUAAAGAAUACAGCUACUAUCAGAUUUCUUAAUUUCACAGCAUGUAGCCUCACGUGGCGAGGGGCAGAACAUAUAGCAAAUUUAUUAAAGCACCAGGCAAUAAGAAGACAUGGUCAAGCUUGGGCUGACAGCCUACGUUACAGGAGACCUGACCUUGAAUAUAUGACAGGUUUGAGGCGGAUUACUUUGAACUGCAACAUGCUUGUUGGAGAUAGAGGAGCAAGUGCCUUUGCGGACUGUCUAGGAGAGGACCUUUGGCUAAAAGCGCUUGAUUUGCAGCAGUGUGGAAUAUCCAAUGAAGGAGCAAGGUCAUUAUUAGAUGCUCUUCAAACUAACACAACAUUAGUGGUACUUGAUGUAAGAAAAAAUCCAUUAAUUGGUCAUGGUCUAAUGAAAAAGAUAAUUGAAAGAGUUCUCAAGAAUGGAAGCAGUGCUGACUCAGAGUUUAAGUGGCUGAUGUCUCCGUCUUCCAAAGAUGCUUUGAAAACUAAGCCAAAGAAAAGAACUAUUGUCCUAGGAAGUGGUCGGAAAGGAAAAGCUACUAUUCGGAUUGUUAUCUGGAAGCAGAGAGGAUUAUCAUCCAAAAAAUCUGUAAGUCCUGGGAAGAAAAAUUCUACUGUGAGAGAGAGUUACUCACCAAAACCACUACCCCCAGGCACAAAGGGCUUCCUUCCUUGGCGGACUGCAGAACGUGCAAAGAGAUACAGAGGCAGGGCAGCGGAUUGUGCUGGGGAAUUGCCAUUGAAGAUUCAGACAGCUGUACCUGUGAAAGUGACACUAGAACGUGCUUCUACAUCUGAAACUGAAGACACAGAAGAUUUAGAGGACGUUAUCCAGCAGACUGGUUUGUUGAAAUCAUUAGAUGAUAAGACUGAUGUAGCACAAUAUCAACAGUUACAGUUGGAGCUGGAAGAAUGCAUGGAAAAACUAAAGGAAGAACAGAAAGCUAGAGUAAAGGCUGAGGAACGAUUACUAGAGCUGGAAAUUGAAAAUGCAAGAUUAAGGAGUCUAAAUAUCUCCCUAUCCGAGGUUCUUCAUGCACAGUCAGUAACCAACAUGAUUUUGGAAGAUGAAGGUGUUCUAGGCAGCAUUGAGAACUCUUUUCAAAAGUUUCAUGCUUUUUUAGACCUCCUUAAAGAUGCUGGGCUUGGACAGCUUGCUGUAUUAGCUGGGAUAGACCAAUCAGAUUUUGGUAUUUUGGGGCAUCCACAAAUGAAUGCUACUCUCAGUAAGCCUGUGAACGUGGUAAAGGAGAAGUCUUUUGAAGAAGAAAGACAGGAACAUACCGAGAAUAACAAAAACAGAGAUGGAGACAUCCAACUUCCUCUUCCUGGCACAUUUCAAUCCCAGAUGGUUGUGAAUAAUGCCUUUUCAUCACUUAAAGAAAAGAGAGAACUUCAGGCUGCUGGACAGCAGUACCAGCCAGGUUUGUGGAGGGAAAAUGAAGCUCAAACAAUUAACCAAAAUAAAGAGAAUAAGCCUCGAAGUAGUACUCCAGUAUUAUCUGAGAGAAGAGUCAAACAAAAUGAACAAGCAAAAGGACAUCACUCGGCAAGGCAGUUGGCUACCAGUCUGCAUUCAUUUGCUGAUUCCAGUGUACAAAUUAGAAGUGAUGAUAGCAGAAUAUCCAAUGGUAUUCCUGGUGAAAAAAGCAAAAAUUAUUCCUCUAAGAAACACAUUCCUCUAGCAAAUGAAACAGCAGCUCCAAGUAACGGAGUGAGAGGAGACAAAAGUAGACUGCAGAUAGUAAAUGUUAGCUCUGGAACUGAUACUGUAGGAUCUGUCUCUGAAAUACAGGAAAGUAUAUCAAGUGUUAACAGCAUUUGAAGUGGUUCUAAAAUGUUUGAGCUGUUCUUUGCACUUGCAAGAUUAUGUUUUGAAUGUCUCAGUAUAAUUAGUGAAUUUUUUGUAAAGUUUUGUAUACUUGGACUUUUUAAACCAUUGCAUACUGCUCAGUAUUCCUGUUUCAUGCUUACAUUCUUUGUCACUAGAUUUUUAGUUUUGAAAACAUGUGAUGCAGCUAAAAUGGUACCCAUGAGUUUGUACUACGCAUGAGGGACUCGACAUACAGAUUUCAUUAUCACAGAUUUUUGAGAUAAUAAAGUUAAUUUGAGUACA